UGAGGGCAGGUGCGCCGGCCGCGGGCGGCGCUGUGCGCUCGGGGCAGCGGGUCGGCCCGGAGAGCGAAAGCCCGGUCGGAGCCGGCGGGGGCGGGGAUGUGGCGGAGAAAUGGGGAACAAUGCGAGUGAGCAACUUCAGGAAGUCAUUGUGAAAGAAAGCUGGGAAGAGCUCCGCGGCCAAGUUAGCAGAGCACUCUAACAAGUGCCUGUGCGGCCCGCGCCCCGGGCGGCGACUGCAGCGACAGCCCCUCGGUCCCCGCGGAGCGCAGCCCAGCCCGGGCGGGACGCUCGGCCGCGGCGAGGCAGGCGACCCGGGCGAGCCCGGCAGGGCAGAGAGAGCCCCGGCUCCGAGGUUGCUCUUCGCGCCCGAGGAUCAGUCUUGGCCCCCAAAGCGCGACGCACAAAUCCACAUAACCUGAGGACAAUGGACGCUGAUGACAGUCAAGACAUGUCCCAAGUUUCAGGGAAGGAAAGCCCCCCAGUAAGUGACACUCCAGAUGAUGGUGACGAGCCCAUGCCUGUCCCUGAGGACCUUUCCACCACCUCUGGAGGACAGCAGAGCUCCAAGAGUGAGAGAGUAGUGGCUGGUAAUGUUAAAGUAGAGACUCAGAGUGAUGAAGAGAAUGGGCGUGCCUGUGAAAUGAAUGGGGAAGAAUGUGCGGAGGAUUUACGAAUGCUUGAUGCCUCGGGAGAGAAAAUGAAUGGCUCCCACAGGGACCAAGGCAGCGCGGCUUUGUCGGGCGUUGGAGGCAUUCGACUUCCUAACGGAAAGCUAAAGUGUGAUAUCUGUGGGAUCAUUUGCAUCGGGCCCAAUGUGCUCAUGGUUCACAAGAGAAGCCACACUGGGGAGCGGCCCUUCCAGUGCAACCAGUGCGGGGCCUCCUUCACCCAGAAAGGCAACCUGCUCCGGCACAUCAAGUUACACUCCGGGGAGAAGCCCUUCAAGUGCCACCUGUGCAACUAUGCCUGCCGACGGAGGGACGCCCUCACAGGCCACCUGAGGACGCACUCCGUUGGUAAACCUCACAAAUGUGGAUAUUGUGGCCGAAGCUAUAAACAGCGCAGCUCUUUAGAGGAACAUAAAGAGCGCUGCCACAACUACUUGGAAAGCAUGGGCCUUCCGGGCACGCUGUACCCAGUCAUUAAAGAAGAAACUAAUCACAGUGAAAUGGCAGAAGACCUGUGCAAGAUAGGAUCAGAGAGAUCCCUCGUGCUGGACAGACUAGCAAGUAACGUCGCCAAACGUAAGAGCUCUAUGCCUCAGAAAUUUCUUGGGGACAAGUGCCUGCCGGACAUGCCCUACGACAGCAGCGCCAGCUACGAGAAGGAGAACGAGAUGAUGAAGUCCCACGUGAUGGACCAAGCCAUCAACAACGCCAUCAGCUACCUGGGGGCCGAGUCCCUGCGCCCCCUGGUGCAGACGCCUCCGGGCGGCUCCGAGGUGGUCCCGGUCAUCAGCCCCAUGUACCAGCUGCACAAGCCCCCCGGCGAGGGCGGCCCGCGGCCCAACCACGCGGCGCAGGACAGCGCGGUGGAGAACCUGCUGCUGCUCUCCAAGGCCAAGGCGGCGCCCUCGGAGCGGGAGGCGUCGCCGAGCAACAGCUGCCAAGACUCCACGGACACCGAAAGCAACAACGAGGAGCAGCGCGGCGGCCUCAUCUACCUGACCAACCACAUCGCCCCGCACGCGCGCAACGGCCUGUCGCUGCAGGACGAGCACCGCGCCUACGAGCUGCUGCGGGCCGCGUCCGAGGGCGCGCAGGACGCCGUGCGCGUGGUGAGCGUGAGCGGCGAGCAGAUGAAGGUGUACAAGUGCGAACACUGCAGGGUGCUCUUCCUCGACCACGUCAUGUACACCAUCCACAUGGGCUGCCACGGCUUCCGCGACCCGUUCGAGUGCAACAUGUGCGGCUACCACAGCCAGGACCGCUACGAGUUCUCGUCGCACAUAACGCGGGGCGAGCACCGCUUCCACAUGAGCUAAGCGGGAGCCGGACCCCCGCGCCUCGCUCCGCCGCAGUCUGGGCGGGGCUGCCCCGGGAGUGCUGUGUUGAUUCAUAGCU